AUGGUAAAGGGAACUGAACCUUUGACGCCAAGUGGUGACGGCAGUGAGGAGGAACACUCUCUUGACUCUGUUGGCCCUCUCAAUGAAGGAACUCCAAACUUCGUUGCGCAACCUAUACCUCCUCCUCUGGCUCCUCCAGUAGCUCCUCCUCCAUUACGUGAACUGAAGAUAGGUCCACCCAUUGUUUUUUUAUCAAUGUGCCUUUCUUUUGUCUUGUUGACAGUGGCUAUAGGUACACCUUGGUUCCGCAUGGAACAAUAUGCUGCUGCACCUGAUGGAGGAGAUGUGAUGGCAGAAUAUGGCCUUUGGAAGUCUGUCGUUAAGUCUGGUAAAGUAGUUAAUAUUACGUAUACGAACGAUAUGACAUGUUUUCCUAUACGACAACGUACGAAAGCAUUGGAAGGAAUCUCAAUUGUUACAGCUUCAUUUGCAUUAAUUACUACUAUUGUUACAUUGGCAAACUACAUUUAUGGAGAGAAAAAGAAAUUUGUUAGAACAGCUGCUAUUUGGUGCGUUGGAAUAACUUUUAUAUGUGUAGUAGCUGAAUGCUCACUAGGUAUAAAUAUAUACUCUUGGGUUUUUAAAGAAUGUGGAGAUGGACUGAGUUAUCGAACUCGUGCUUAUGAACCUUAUAUAGGAUUGGCAUUUGUCUCUGUAUCUUGGGCAUUAAUUACUGUUGCAGGAUUAUUGGUGUAUAAUGAACCUGUUUUCUUAGCUGAUGCACGAUCUAUCGAUUCUGGAGCUAUUGUUUUUACUGCAUUUGCUUUCGUCGCUUUUCUUUUUUCCAUUGUUUCUUCUCCAAUGCCUCAAUGGUUCUACAAAAAUGCCGCAAAUAAAACUUUUAUAGAUACUUUAUUAUGGCGAGAACGUCAAGGGCCCCUAUGGGUGCGAAGUCCCCGUACUAAUUCUACAGGAAUUAAAAACCUUGGUUGUGAAAAUGUAGUACCUUAUUUUCGAGCUGCAGAAGCUUUUAGCAUUCUUUCUAUAAUAUCUUGUUUUUUCGCUGUUUUAGGGGGAUGGUUACUUUGCAAAAAACUUGGAAGAAUUACAUUUUUGACUUUGUUUAUUGGAUAUGUUAGUGUCGCAAUGACACUUUUACAAUGGAUAUUAUCUAUAUCUAUUUAUUAUGGUAAUUGGUGUAAUGGUACUAUUUCUUACCAUCGUAAAAAGUAUGUAUUGACAAGUGGUUUUGUUCUCAACGUAACUGCAUUUGUUCUUAUAACUCUAGGAACAUGUGUUUUAACAGUUACUGAAACCAUUAGAUACCGAUAUUUUCCAACAACAGUACGAAUGAGAACGAUAAAAGAGAUAUUUAUAGAGUUAAUUGAUUAG